GUGACAUUCACCUGGCUAAUUUUGCUUGGCUUUUCAGGCAAGCUUUCACAAGACUGAGCUUUAUUCCAUACUCGGUAUGGCUGCAUGAAAUGUCAGUUAGCUAAGAAAGGCUCUUUAUCGUCAACUUUAUCUUUCGCGACUAUCCCGUUUUGCUCUUUGGGUCUCAGGUUGCGGAUUGGACACCAUCUUCCACUCUAAAAUGAACGCCAGAUUUCAACAUGGUGCACUCGACGCUGGGCUGUGCCCGAGGAAGUACGAAGUUACAGUUCUAACAUCUCGAGCAGCGAAGUUUUGGCCCCAUCUAGCCCAGCGACAUUUCAGGGCACCCAUGACGAGAAGCAACGGCUAUCAUGUCGAGGUACCGACGGAGUUGAAUCCUUACAGCCAAUCUUUUGUGUUCUAGACCUUUGAGAGCUAGCAUGAUCUUUACCGGUUGAACAGUUUGUUGCUUGCGUUGAGUUGAACGGCUCAACCAGGAAUCCACGAAAAGACUACAAAAACUUUGCCUCGAUUGAUUCUGGUUUCAACUCUGCUUUUUCAGGUUAAACAAAGCUGUCUGCUCGCCUUAUGCCAAAGAUGAUUGGCGGAUGCGUUGAUGUGCGGCUGAGUAUGGAUCAACUCAGCGGGGUACGGUAUAUUCCGGGGUUUUCGCUGCGUAUGUUGGACACGUCAAAGAAAUCCGAUUGUUCAAAUGCCGAGCAAAUGGAGAAAUCCGCUUUUCAGCAAAAAAGCCGCUUUUGAUUUCUUACUUUUCGCUUCCAGCCUUCCUAGGCUUCUCGUACUCGCUAGAAUUGGUUUCUGCGAUGCUCAUAGAGGCUUGGCUGCGUGAGAACAUGAUGAUGAAAGAGAAGAAUUCGAUUUUCGCUUACUGAGUACUAAAGGAAGCAGUUGUUGGUCAAGCUUUCGUCGUUUCGUGUAGCUGACACGACCUUUUUUUUAUCCUAACGACGCAGCCAUGCUAUCUGUUAUUUUGUCUGUAACAUUAGUGGUGCUUGGCACGACUGCAUCAGCAACUCACGGUGAAUCCAUCCAUGUUGAGAAUGGCCAAUCGAUUCAAGCCGCGAUCGACUCAGCGCCUCCAGGCUCCUGCAUAAUUGUUGGGCCUGGUACCUAUGAGGAGCAGCUAACGAUCAGCAAAAGCGGGAUAGCUCUGCGUGGGAAUGGUGUCAUACUAAAACCACCCACCACGCCCACCUCCAACAUCUGUUCUGGCCUUGCGGGCAAUGACACUGAGGCCGGAAUCUGUGUCUCCGGUAGUGAUAUAGUUCUUGCAGACUUUGUUCAGGAGCAUCGCAAGGUGCUUUCGGUCGGAAGCUAUGUUGAGGGCGUUUCGAUCACCGGUUUUGAGAUCCAUGGCUUUACGGGCUUGAACAUUGCGCUGGUCGGAGCGAAAGAUUCGAUGGUGUACAGGAACACUCUGUACGAUGGGGGACCUUACGGCUUUUUGACCGUAGGCUCCCUGAAUACUCAUGCGGCCGGAAACACAGUCAUGACUACGGACGCUAUCUUAUUCAUCGGCAUGUGCAUGGACGAUGUUUCUCCUGCAGAAUAUCGCGAUAAUUAUGUCUCUGGGUAUCUGAUUGCAUUCUGCCUUCAGACUGAGGGUUCUGUGGUCACGGGUAACACGGCAACGAACAAUUGCGUCGGUGCUUUCCUCGACCCAGGCAUCAAAGACAUUACCUUUACCCACAAUCACAUCAGCUCGAUCAAUCCUGGUUGCCCGUUGAGCUCCCCAGAAUUUGCGACCGGAGGUAUCAUUGUCUUUGGCGCAUCUGACGCUAAAAUCACCGGAAAUGUUGUUGAGAACCAAAAGAACAAAGGCACUGGCUUCGGUCUCAUACUUUCGGACAGUCCACCAGACAGCCUUGCCUCCGGAAAUCUCAUCGAACACAAUAUUUUUCGUAACAACGAUAUCGACAUAGGGAUCUUCACAAAUGCGACCGACAAUAUAUUCAAGCAAAAUGAAUGUUCGACGCCUGCCGAGCUUUGCAGUGCUUAGGAAUCUAAACUCCGUGAACAUCACUGGUGAUUUCAAUAGCGCGUGCACGAGUUGCGAACAAUGAGAUGAUCUACUUUGUUUGGCCAUCGAGCUAACCACUACGGUAGUACAAGUACUAGAAUUGAAAC